AUGGCUGCUCCGUCCACGCCGGGGGGCAGCCCGAAACUCGGCCCCGCCUUCUCACCAAAAGCAGCGACGGCCGCUGAAGGAAAUGCAGCAGCUAGCACGUCUGCAAAUGCUGCUGGACCGUCGGGGAACGGGAGCGAAGCGGUCCAUGCAGGCGGCUGCUCCGUGCGGUGCCCGUACUGCGACGAAGUGCUGCCGUCCUCCUUUCUGGCUCAGAUCCGCUCAACGGAGGAACUCGACCCGCAGGCGUCUGAGGGCUUGCAGAAGUCAGUGCUGGGUGGCGACGGGGCAGAGACGAGCGCGAGCAAGGCCGGAAUCAGCGCGGCCGACAUCCGGCGGUGGUCUGAACGUGCCGGUCUCGAGCUUCCCCCUCCUUCCCCCACUCCAGCACCCGUCCAGGAGGAGUCGGAAGACCACGCGAAACCGAUCCCGAUUCUGGCGCCGCCGCCUCCUCCCUCGAGCAGGUCAGCAGCUGCUAAGAACAAGGGUCGCUUCGGCUUCUUCUCCCGCAAGAGCGAGGAAGACGACAGCGAUGAUGACGACCUCGACGACCUAGUGACCGGCUACGCGAAGCUAGACGAAGGUCCUGACGACGACGACACGUACGAAGAGAAGCCGAUCGUGUUCAAGAAGCGCGAGCCCGAACCCGACGUGCAGCCGAAGGCUGAGGCGAAGACAUCCGCAGAGUCUGAGGCUCGACCGCCGCAGCCCGCCAGCUCUCUGAACGACCCGACGCUCACAGUCGCCGCGGGCGCAUCGGAGCCUGAGCUGCGGCUGUUGCUGAAGGAGGUUCUGGGUCGCAUCUCGUCGCUCAUCGCCCGCUCCAACCUUGUCAUGGCCGAGGCGAAUACGGAAAUGCUGGAGAGCGAACUACGCCGCGCCAAGGCUGAAGCAGCUUCUGCCUCUGCUGCCUCGGCCAACGCCGCCACUUCCACACCCAACUCUGCUCCUCGCUCCCGACCGAGCCUCGAGGGCCGACCCUCUGGCGACGCCUCCUCACCUCGGGCUCCGCCAUUAGUCAAGGAGAAGUCCUUCGGCUUCUGGGCGCGCAAGGCGUCUCCUCUUCCCUCGCCAUCCGGGAACGCCUCGGCCGCAGGCGACGACGACGAGCUCACGCGCCUGCGCGAGCAGGUCGCGGCGCAGGCGACCCAGCUCGACACGUUGAAGCAGGGCAAGCGCGAGAUCGAAGCCGAGCUCGAGGGGCUCUCGCAGGCCCUGUUCGAGGAGGCGAACAAGAUGGUCGCGGACGAGCGCCGGCGGCGGGCAGAACUGGAGGAGAACCUGCGCGAAGCUAGGGACGAGCGCGAGGCGCUCCGCGCGACGAUCAAGGUGCUCGGCGGCAGCGCGCCGGGCACAGAGGCGAACAGCGACGACGAGACGGAGCGCUCCAGCGUCGGCGGGGACUUGACGGCGCACUAUGCCGCGCUGAGGGCCGGCAUAGACCGGGUCGGGGCGCGAACGCCCCAGCCCACCGGAAGGGUUACGAAGGAGAGUGCGAGCGCCGCCGGCUCGCCGAUGCCGAUACCAAGCCCGUUGGGCAGGUCCGACAGCUCCGCGGGAGAGGGCAGGGAGACGGAAGCGAACGGCGGAAGCAGUGGGGGCAGCGGCACAGGCAGUGCUGGCAGCGUCACGCCCAGCCGUGAGCCCAGCCCCGACACGGGCGCCAGCGCGAGCGACAUGCCGGGCGCUUUCUCCAGCAGCCCGCCAAAGGACGGCCCGAAGGGGUCCGCAGCCAUGAACAUGCCGCCCAUGCCUGUGCCGCUUGAGACGGAGGCGAAUCCCUGGGGUUAG